AUGCCGUUCGUUGAGCAGCCCCUGCAAGGUGCAGGCAUCCGCAUCGCCAUAGAUCGCGGCGGUACCUUCACAGACUGCUUAGGUAUUAUACCAGGGAAACCAGAUGUACUCGUCAAACUUUUGAGUAACGAUCCAACGAACUAUGCCGAUGCACCCACAGAGGGUAUCCGCAGGAUACUCGAGCAGGCCUUGAACGUAUCCAUACCACGCGGCGGCAAGAUUGACACCAGCAACAUCGAAUCGAUCAAGAUGGGAACUACGGUCGCGACAAACGCUUUGCUGGAACGAAACUCCACAAAAUGCGCGUUGGUCGUUACCACAGGUUUCAGAGAUCUACUACGCAUAGGUGAUCAGACCAGACCGAAGCUGUUUGAUCUCAACAUCCGGAGGCCUGAGACCCUGUUCGACGAUGUUCUGGAGAUUGACGAGCGCGUCACACUUCACGAUUCGACCGAGGACAAGUCAACACUACGAGACCCCAACCGCGACUCCUAUAACCUGGAAAGGGGGGUCGGUGGCGAAGCCAUUCGCGUUCUGCGACCAAUUGACAGCACACACGCUCGCGAAGGUCUCCAGGCCCUGUUCGACAAGGGCGUGCGGUCCUUGGCGAUAACGCUUAUCAACAGCUAUACUUUCCCGAACCACGAGCUUCAAGUUGCCGAUAUCGCCAGAGACAUCGGCUUCAAGCAGAUAUCAGUCUCAUCUCAGAUCUUCCCCAUGAUCAGAGCCAUCUCGAGAGGCUACUCAGCAACAGCAGACGCGUACCUUACGCCUUUGACGCGCAAUUACAUCGAUGGCUUUCGUGAAGGCUUUGUAGGCGGCCUGGAAGAUACCAAGGGUGCUCGUUGUGAGUUCAUGCAAAGCGACGGAGGACUAGUGGGAUGGCAGCAUUUCAGCGGUCUCAAAGCUAUCUUAUCAGGCCCGGCAGGAGGUGUUGUUGGCUUCAGCAAGACAUGUUUUGAUAUACAGCGGAAGAAGCCAGUAAUAGGUUUUGACAGCCCCGAGUCAGCAAGUGCACAUCCAGGCCCAGCGGCAUACCGCAAAGGUGGGCCUUUGACGGUUACAGAUGCAAAUCUUGUCUUGGGACGUCUGCAGGCUGAGUACUUCCCAAAGAUCUUUGGCAAGCAUGAGAACGAAGCUCUGGACUAUGAAGGCGCAAAGCGAGCUUUUGAAGAGUUACUCGUCACGGUCAAUGCUGACUUGUCGCGAACUGAUGGGAAGAAGAAGACUGUCGAAGAACUUGCUCUUGGCUUCUUGGAAGUUGCGAAUGAGACCAUGUGUCGACCCAUCCGCUCGCUCACUGAAGCCAAGGGGCACCGAACCUCCGAUCACGAUCUUGCGGUCUUCGGCGGUGCAGGUGGACAAGCUGCCUGCGCUAUUGCUGCCAACUUGGGCAUCGAUCGCAUUUUGAUUCAUCGCUACUCUUCUAUCUUGUCAGCAUAUGGCAUGGCAUUGGCAGACGUCGUUCGCGAUGUUCAGGAGCCGUGCUCAGUAUUGCUGAAGUCCUCUUUCGAUGAACUUGACGAAAGGCUGUCGUCGCUCGAGAAGAACGCAGCGGAACAACUGGCCAACGACGGGUUCUCCGGCCAAACAAUCGGUUUCGAGCACUUUCUCAACCUCCGCUACGAAGGGUCUGACACAACCUUCAUGGUUUCGCGUCCUGAUCAAGGAACGUGGGACGACGCGUUCGUAGCUGAACACAAGCGCCAAUUCUCCUUCAUCAUGCCCGGACGCGAUAUCCUCGUUGAGAACGUGCGAGUCCGAGCGACAGCCCGGAGCCCAUCGGUCGAACCCGAGUUCAACCUCGAUCAACAGCUCACCGACUGCUCCCCAUCCGCCGUGUCGACAAAGAAGAUCUCAGAUCAUGUUUCUGUCUUCUUCGAAAAUGGCUGGACUACUUCUCCUCUGUAUCACUUGACAAAAUUGGCAAAGGGUGAUAUCAUCGAUGGGCCUGCCAUCAUUCUGGACAACACACAGACCAUUGUGGUUGCACCGAGCUCCAAGGCAACUAUCCUAGACCGUCAUGUCAUGAUUGAACUCGACCGAACGACUACCCUACCAGGCAACGAAGCUGCUAUACCCCGGACUGUUGAUCCAGUCGAGCUUUCUGUGAUGGCUCAUCGCUUCAUGAGUAUCGCUGAACAGAUGGGCCUCGCAUUACAGAAGACGAGUGUUUCGGUCAACAUCAAGGAACGUCUCGACUUCAGCUGCGCGCUCUUCAGUCCUGAAGGUCGCCUUGUAGCCAAUGCGCCUCAUGUACCAGUCCACCUUGGCUCAAUGGAGCAGGCAGUGAUGUAUCAGCACAAGAAGUAUCUAGGCCAACUACGACCAGGCGACGUCAUCGUCGCUAACCACCCCAUAUCUGGCGGCACGCAUCUUCCGGACAUAACAUGCGUGACACCUGUCUUUGACGAUGCAGGCAAAACUAUCAUCUUCUAUACAGCUUCGAGAGGCCAUCACCAAGAAAUCGGUGGAAUACUUCCUGGCUCAAUGCCAGCCGGCAGCGUCGAACUACACGAAGAGGGUGCCAUGAUCGUCUCAGAAUACCUUGUUCGUGAUAGAGUCUUUGACGAAGAACUAGUUACGAGGGUACUACUCCACGACCCCGCCCAAUACCCAGGAUGCUCGGGAACACGCAAACUCGCCGAUAACAUCAACGACCUCAAAGCACAAGUCUCUGCGAAUGCCAAAGGCGCAGCGCUCGUGGCUGAUCUUAUCGCUGAACGAGGUCUCUCAACCGUACACCUAAACAUGCACGCAAUCACCGCCAACGCCGAGUCCUGCGUACGUAAAUUCAUGAAGCGUACAUAUCAACAAACUGGCGGCAAGCCACUCGCCGCACUCGAUUUCAUGGACGACGGCACACCCAUCAAGCUCGCCAUAACCAUCAACCCAGACGAUGGGUCCGCACAUUUCGAUUUCACCGGCACAGGCGAGGAAGGGUACCACAGCUUCAACGCUCCACAAGCCAUCGCCAGGUCUGCCACACUAUACGUCCUCCGCUGCCUCAUCAACCAAGACAUCCCGCUCAACGAAGGCUGCCUCCGCCCCCUCACCUUCACAAUCCCAGAAGGAAGUAUCCUAAACCCUUCGCCCUACGCCGCAGUAUGCGCAGGAAACCCAAUCACAUCCCAACGCGUCACCGACGUCGUCAUCCGCGCAUUCGAAGCCUGUGCCGCAAGCCAAGGUGACUGCAACGUCUUCUCCUUCGGUAUAAACGGCGACAACGACGACAAUGGCACAGCCAUUCCCAACUCUGGCUUCGGCUUUGGAGAAACGAUAUGUGGAGGCAGCGGUGCAGGGCCUGGCUGGCAUGGGACUUCCGGCGUGCACAUCCACAUGACGAACACGCGUAUCACGGAUCCGGAACUACUGGAGAAGCGUUACCCUGUGCUUCUUCGCGAGUUCAGUAUACGCGAUGGGUCGGGUGGACAGGGGCGGUGGAAUGGUGGGAACGGGAUUCGGCGCGUCUAUGAGUUUUACCGAGAUAUGAAUGCUUCGAUUGUUAGUGAGAGGCGGGUUACUAGGCCGUAUGGUAUGUUUGGGGGUGAGGAUGGGAGUAGUGGGGUGAAUUAUAUUGUCAAGAAGGUUGGAGGGCGAUGGUGUAGAUUGGGUGGACGGAAGGACUUUUCUGUGCAGAAAGGGGAUUGCUUUGUUAUUGAUACACCUGGCGGGGGUGGAUGGGGAAUGAGGGAUGAGGAGGAGAUGGAUCAAGUGCAUACUGCACAGAAGUCGGUGGUAGAACGGAGGUUCGUUAGCCAGUUUCAGUUGGCGCAGGAAGCCAGUAACUAG